AUGUGCAUUAGACUUUUGGCAUCUAUCUAUCUAUCUAUCUAUCUAUCUAUCUAUCUAUCUAUCUAUCUAUCUAUCUAUCUAUCUAUCUCAAUUGUUAUUGCUGGUAAUAUUAUCUAUCUAUCUAUCUAUCUAUCUAUCUAUCUAUCUAUCUAUCUAUCUAAAUUCCUUCUCUCUACAUGUCAGUAUCUAUCUAUCUAUCUAUCUAUCUAUCUAUCUAUCUAUCUAUCUAUCUAUCAAACAAUCUAUAUAUCUGCCUAUGUAUCUAUCUAUCCUCGUUUGGUCAGAAAUAUCACUGUCCAUUCUUAUCUAUCUAUCUAUCUAUCUAUCUAUCUAUCUAUCUAUCUAUCUAUCUAUCUCAAUCUGCUCCUAUCUAUCUCAUCUAUCUAUCUAUCUAUCUAUCUAUCUAUCUAUCUAUCUCAGUCUCUUUAUAUCUAUCUGUCUAUCUAUCUAACUAUAUAUCUAUUUAUUUCAGUCUGUUCAUAUCUAUCUAUCUGUUUGUGUCUGUUAAUAUUGUGUAUCUAUUUUAGUCUGUUCAUAUUGUCUGUCUAUCUAUUUCAGUCUGUUCAUAUCUAUCUAUCUAUCUAUCUAUUCCUAUCUCUCUAA